UCAUGUACCUCAGUUACAGAUGCUAUGCUUUUGAUUAGUCACUUUCAAUCCAAAUAAGCGUGUACCUCCUGAGCGAGACUAAGCACGAGACAGCACAUGCUAGUCUAAAGUCUGCUUUUGAAUCGAACUUCUUUUUCCUUGCCGGAGAAAGCUUCUUCAUCGAUCGUAUUAUUAGUUGUGUCGAACCGGUACGGUGAAAAAAGAAUCUAGUACCUUCCCUCCGAAGUAAACAAAAAAAAAAACCCAUUAAUUCAAUAAACCGAUACAAAAUUCUUAAUUCUUAAUCCCUCUCUCAAAGAGAAAAGUGAGCGGAAAAAAAAAACAGUAAAGAUGGUAGCUCGCCAAUUCAUCAUCAGCCACAACGACUCCAUCUUCGACGUCGAUUAUGACACCGACGACGGCCUUGAAGAUUUUAAGAAGCAGCUUUUCUAUCUCACUUCAAUCCCUCCUCAUCUCCAGAAGAUCACCGGAGAGGAUGAUGAUCGGGUCGUAUCGGACGAUUCUGAUCUCACUGGCAUUUCUAACAAACUCAAAUUGAUAAAAAUCAACGAGGAAGAGAAGGAAGUCAAGGUACAAGAGCUUGCAGUUAGUAGACAAAGUGAAGAGUUUGGGCGGAAAAUACGGCCCUAUAUCAGUCGAGUUCAAAUGUAUGAAGACCCAGUGAGGCAGGAGGCAGCACGGAAGACGGUUCCUAGAGAAGAAAAGAAUCCAGUACCUUCCCUCCGAAAUAAGCAAAAUAAAAAUCACAUUAAUUCAAUAAACCGAAACAAAAUUCUUAAUUCUCAAUCUCUCUCUAAGGGAAAAGACAGGAAAAAAAAAAGAGUAAAGAUGGUAGCCCGCAAAUUCAUCAUCAGCCACAAUGACUCCAUCUUCGACGUCGAUUAUGACACCGACGACGGCCUCGAAGUUCUUAAGAUCCAGCUUAUCUCUCUCACUUCAAUCCCUCCUCAUCUCCAGCAGAUCACCGGAGAAGAUGAUGAUCGAGUCGUAUCGGACGAUUCUGAUCUCACUGGCAUUUCUAACAAACUCAAAUUGAUAAAAAUCAACGAGGAAGAGAAGGAAGUCAAGGUACAAGAAUUAAUUGCUGCUGUUGUUGGGCGGCAAAAUGAAGAGGAAUCAAUUCGUGAUAUUCUUGGAGGAGAUGACGUGUCGGAUGAUUCUGAUGUCGUUCAUGUUUCGAAUGAACUCAAAGAAUUAACUGUUGCCGAUCUGAUGAAAUCGGAUGAGGAGCUUGCGCACAUGUUACAGGCAGAGGAGGAAGCGCUUAUGUUGCAAGAGUUUGCAGUGAGUGAACAAAGUGAAGAGUUUGGGCGGCAAAUACGGCCCUAUAUCAGUCAAGUUCAAAUGUAUGAAGACCCAGUGAGGCAGGAGGCAGCACGGAAGACGGUUCCUAGAGAAGAGCUCGAGGAGAAAGCUUUGGUUUCUCUGGCAAAGGAGGGGAACUUUAAACCAUCAAAAACCGAACAAGACCAUGCUUUCCUGCUGCAGCUGCUUUUCUGGUUCAAACAAUCAUUCAGGUGUUUUUCAUUCCUUUUCUGUUUUUAUGUUGGAUUUGCCCUUAAAAUUAACAAAAUACUGCUUAAUAAAUAUUUGGUGCUUUUUAUGUACACUGCAUAUAUGUGCCAAUGGCUGGCCAAUUGCUUUACUCUUUAUUGUCGUGCUUUUGGCUAUGAAUCUCGUCUGAUCCUGGAUUUCACUGAUCAUGUUUGGACCGAGUGCUUUUCUGAAUUACUAGGCAGAUGGAUGCAUCUUGACCCUUGUGCACCAGUGUUUGACAGACCAUUACGAUAUGAGAAGGGGUGGAAAAAGAAAUUGAACUAUGUCAUUGCUAUUGCAAAAGAUGGAGUUUAUGACGUCACUAAGCGUUACACAAGGAAGUGGGUUGAGGUUCUAUCCCGACGAAACAUUACCACAGAGCCUGAUUUGUUGGCUACUCUCCAUAGCAUGACUCGAGAAUGCAGAAGAAGCUUUACAACUCAAAUUCUUUCUGUACUUGAAGAGCGUGAUAAGAUUGAAUCUGAAGAGCUUGAGAGAUCUUUAUGUUCCACUAAUGAUUCUUCAGUCUCUUUGCCUGGUAGACAAAGUGGGAACAAGGAAUGGCGCAUUGCAAGAUCAGAAAUUGGUUUUCAUGAUAAUUGUUCUUUGAGUCAUACUUCAUGUCCCAUUCGUGUAUGCGUAGAUGAGCAUGUGACAAAGACCUACAAUGCAUUUUCCCCUCUCCUUUCUUCUUGUGUUGACCAAUCUCUUCCCAAAUCAAGAAUUAUUGAAAUACUGAAGAUAUUCAAAGGAAUUUUGGUCGAACUUGGGAAUUCGUCCUAUAAAACCAGGCGAACUUCCAUAAACCCUUUUAUACUUCAUUUGCUGCCAUAUUUUGAGGAGUUAAUAAAUGCUCUGUCAUUGAAGAGCGAGAUUGACACUGAUGGAAAAGUGGACAUCUGUUUGGCUGCUGACCCUGUCACCACCUGUUUAGGACUGCCUGUUGUGUUGGAUGCAUUGGAUGAUUUGAUCAAUGUUCUUAACAACUUUGACAACAUAAGCAAAGUUUCUCUUUCCUGGCCACUAAUAAAGUUGAAUAGGAUCCAUUCAGGUUCUGUUCUUGCAAGUGGCGAGGAACUUCCUUUUGGAAUUGCCACAUCAGCAUUUGAUGGACUUCGCACGUCUAAAUGGGAAGAACCAGAUGGAGCGAGAGGUUGCUGGAUUGUUUAUAAACUAUCAGACAACCAGAUGCACAAACUAGUGGCAUAUGAUAUAAUGUCAGCUAAUGAUGCCCCAGAGAGAGACCCUAUGGACUGGGUUGUCGAGGGUAGUCAUGAUGGUGGUUCUAGCUGGCGUAUUCUGGAUAAACAAACUUCUCAGAUGUUCAAAGAUCGUUUUCAGCGUAAAUCAUUUAAGAUUAAUUCAGAUAGUGUCCCAUGCAACGCUUUCAGAUUCCAAUUUCUGGCUGCCAGAGACGUUCAAUCAAAUUCACGCCUACAAUUGGGUAGCAUAGAUCUGUAUGCAAGCAGCAAUUAAGUUGUAUAAGAGAGAUUCCAAUGUGCUGACACUCUGUUCCAGACUUUGAUGCUAUUGUAUAACUUACUUGGUAGUAAAUAUUUGUCCAUGGAGGCAAGCAAUCACACAAUUCUUUGCCAUAUGGGCACACCGUAUUUAGUCAAUAUGUAUUCAUAAUGGCCCAGUGUUGGUGGUUCAAUGACAGCAAAUUUCUGUCUUGCCCAGACAUACCUGAAAUGUUUG